AUGAAUUCUAUUACUGUGAUGGAAGCUUCAAAUUCAAACUCUCGUGAUUUGUCGAGCCCAACGGAACCCGUUUACCAGAAAAUUCAUCUCGGCCUUGGUUAUGAUGGGACCAAGUCGCCCGACGCUAGCUCCCCUGAUCAAACUCCUGCUGAAGCAAAUGAAGCUAUGGAAAUUGCAGUGGAUCGGCUCAAGAACGAUUUCCAAGACAUAUUGCAUCUGCAGGUCAAAGGGGUUGCUGCUGCCCUCACUGAUCCCAGCUCCACCACUGACUCGACUUGUUCAUUUAGCCUUUGCCUGUCGGCUCUGGAGGAGAGUAGUUAUUCAGGGUACCAUGGUCCAAGUCCGAAAGAAAUUGCCCAUCUCAGAUCAAUUGCCCAGAAGAUGAAUGCAAAAGGGCAUCUUGAUAAGUUGGUCCAUGUGUAUGUCACUGAGAGGAAGUCUUUCAUGUAUGCACAUUUCCGAAAGCUAUGGGAUGAGAAGUCUGGAAUCUGUGAUGUCCGGAGGCUGGAGUGGGGAGUUCUACAGGCGAAAAUAAUGCGCUGGAUUCGAGCAGUGCAUUGUUGCCUCCGGGGGAUUCUCCCAUUUGAGAAGCAGCUUUCAAAUCAUGUUUUUAGAGGUAUUGGUAAUGAUGCUAUUGGUGAGCCUUGCUUUUUUGCGAUUGUUACUGAUUAUGUAGCCGAAUUACUUGAUUUUGCUGAUGCUCUUAGCUCCUGUCGUCCAUCACCUGAGAAGUUACAAGAGAUUUUAGCCCUUUAUAGAAGUUUUUCUUGUUUUAGGUCGGAUAUUAACUCUGUGUUUGAGUCAGAAGCUGGCCAGACCAUUCGUGUUCGUACUGAUUGUAUACUGUCCAGGCUUGGUGGUGAAGUGGUGAGCCUUGCUCUUUCAGAUUUUGAGGAAACACUGCUUCGCGAGCUGUGUAAUUAUCCCAUUCCUGGAGGGGCAAUUCACCGCUCGGCCGAGUAUGUGAUGGGAUACGUGACGAGUCUGGUUUCAGAAAGUAAGGAAACUCUGACGGAGUUAAUAACUUCCAAGCCUUCAACGACCAUAGGAAAUCUAAUGAUCUCAGAUUUGGAUGUCAAGGAAUUGGAAGGGCGCGCUCCUUUGGCAGCACAUUUUUUGUGGAUUAUUAUCGUGUUACAUCUCAAUUUGGAGCGUAGAUCCAAGUGUUACAAAGAUUCCUUGUUGGCAAAUUUGUUCAUGAUGAAUAAUGUUCACUACAUCGUCCAGCAAAUUAGAAGGUCUGCAGCAUUGACAGAGAUGAUUGGGGACAAUUAUAUCAACAAGCUUACUGAAAAUGUGCAGGAUUCAAUGACUAAUUAUGUGAGUGGAACUUGGGAUGUGCUUGUGUACUGUUUGAGACAUGAGGGACUGAAUGGCAGCUGGGGUUUCACUGUCGGUUCUGGUGUGUCAAGGAAAGCUCUAAAAUUAAGAUUCAAGAACUUCAAUACUCUCUUUAAAGAAACACAUCGGACGCAAAUGAUGUGGGAAGUACCGGACCUUGAGCUCCGAACGAAGCUUCACCAGUCUAUUCUAGAUAAGCUGAUUCCUCCGUAUAGGAAUUUUCUCGGGAAAUUCAGGAGCCUAAUAGACAGGGGAAAGCAACCAGGAAAGUGUAUCAUGUACUCUGCUGAGCAAUUGGAGGCUAAGGUUUUGGGUUUAUUUUCCUAUUCCAGCUACCUCUAA